UAUACAUUCAGAGACAAUUAUAAAAGCAUCUCACAUAUUUAAGAAUCUAAAUGAUGAUUUACCUUUAUUAGUACCAUAGAGGGCAUUCUUGGAUAUUUAACUCCAAGACAUACCAACCUUACUUCAAAAACAAGACCAAAUAUAUAACAAAAAUCAGUGUACAAGAUAUCAAAUUGAUAACCAUGUUAUAGAGUGAAAAAAGGAGAGAAAAUGUUGCAGGUAGAGAAUGAGUCUGAGAUCACAACAUCUUUCAAAAAAAGACUUGAAAUUCACAUGGCUAGAAAUGAGUUACUACAGAAAGAAAACCAAGAACUUAAAGAAGAAGUAUCUCGUUUAAAAUCACAGAUAAUUUCACUCAAAGCACACAAUAUGGAGAGAAAAACCAUACUAUGGAAAAAGAUACAAAAAUCCAUAGAUGAUAACAAUUCAGAUUCACACCAUACACUUAAACCUGCACUUCAAGCAAUCAUGUGUGAAAAGAGUUCAGAAAAUCAAGAUUUUCAAGACUCAUCAACUUCACCUAGAAAGGAAAAGUCAUCAAUAGUUUUGCCACCAACUCCUCCUCCAAAACCUGCUUCUACUCUUUUUUCACCUUCACAUAAAAAUGAGAAGGGAAUGAAAAUGCAGCCAACAGCAGCACCUCCACCACCUCCAACACCAUCAAAAUCGUCUAUCGGUUUGAAAACAGUUCGUCGUGUGCCAGAAGUAAUCGAAUUGUAUCGUUCGCUUACACGAAAAGAUGCCAACAUUGAAAACAAAACUCAUCACAAUGGAAUUCCUGCAGUAGCAUUCACCAGAAACAUGAUUGAGGAAAUCGAAAAUCGGUCAAAACAUCUUUCAGCUAUAAAAUCAGAAGUUCAAAGCCAAAAAGAAUUCAUCAGUUUCUUAAUCAAACAAGUAGAAUCAGCUUCAUAUGCAGAUAUAUCUGAGGUGGAAACAUUCAUCAAAUGGCUUGAUGGAGAAUUAUCAACACUGGUAGAUGAAAGAUCAGUCUUAAAGCAUUUUCCACAAUGGCCAGAACAAAAAGUAGAUGCAUUAAGAGAAGCUGCUUGUAACUAUAGAGAACUAAAGAAUCUUGAAUCAGAAGUUUCAUCAUAUGAGGAUAAUCCAAAAGAGCCAAUUUCUAUGGCCCUGAAAAGGAUACAAGCAUUACAAGACAGGUUGGAGGGAAGUGUAAGUAGUAAAGAGAGGAUAAGGGAGAGUUCAAGUAAGAAAUAUAGGAAUUUUCAUAUCCCUUGGGAGUGGAUGAUGGACACUGGCCUUGUUGGUCAGAUAAAGCUAUGUUCACUGAGGCUAGCAAAGGAAUUCAUGAAACGAAUAACUAAAGAAAUAAAAUCUCAUGAAGCUUUGCAUGAAGAUAAUAAUAACCUCUUAUUACAAGGAGUUAAGUUUGCAUUCAGAGUACAUCAGACAUUCAGUUUGCAGGUGGCUUUGAUCCUGACACUACACAAACUUUUCUAGAAUUGAAGAAAGUUGGUUGUGCUGUACCAAGCAAUAGUAACCUCAUCAUCAAUCCUCUCAAACAUGUUAAAGUUUGUCACAAACAUGUAUCUUAACAUAAAUUAAUGUUUUUGUCAUAAUUAUUAUUUUCUUUUUUGAUGAAAUAAUUAUUAUUUUCUGUUCACACAUCAGUAGCAGAGUUUACAAACAUGUAUAUGUUCUUCUAUUUAUAUGUAAUUUCUAAAAUUUAUUAAGUGA